UGGUUUCGGAGUUCAGUCGUUGAGUGUACGCGUUUUCAAACCCAAAACAUAUAGAAAAAGGAGGAAAAUUGUCUGAAGGUAUCGUGUUGGAUUCAGCCUCUGACUCAACUGCGUGUUUCUCUUCCAACUCAGGGAAAAUUUUCUGGGUUUUUGAAGUUAAGCUCUCUUAAACAAUAAGAAGGAAGAUGACGGUCAUGAACAAGAUCUGGAAGUUUGUAAGAUUAAGACAAGAGUUUGGAGUUGGUGUUUUGCUGUUUUUGUUAUGUCAAAGUUUGGUUUGUUGGUCGUUGAAUGAAGAAGGAUUGGCUUUGUUGAGAUUAAGAGAAAGAGUUGUGAAUGAUCCGUUGGGUGCUUUGUCGGAUUGGAAAGAAGAAGAUGGAGAGUUUGACCAUUGUUCCUGGUUUGGUGUAGAGUGCUCGGAUGGAAAAGUUGUUGUUUUGAACUUGAAAGAUCUUUGUCUUGAAGGAACAUUGGCACCUGAGCUUGGAACUCUAUUUCACAUUAAGGCCAUUGUGUUGCGGAACAACUCUUUUACUGGAAUUAUCCCUGAAGGGAUUGGAGAACUGAAGGAAUUAGAGGUGUUGGACUUGGGAUACAAUAACUUCAGUGGACCACUUCCACCUGAACUUGGUAGCAAUCUGUCACUAACAAUCCUUUUACUGGACAAUAAUGAGCUUCUCAGUUGUUUCUCUCCUGAAAUUUAUGAACUUCAGAAGCUUUCAGAAACUCAAGUGGAUGAAAACCAACUAUCUAAGGCUGCUACAUCAUCUUGCAAGCAUAGAUUAAAUACAUGGAAUGUUGACCAAUCUGAAGAUGGAGUGCAAAGGAGACUGCUGCAAGAUGCCACUUCUGCAAUGUCAGUGGAACAACCCUUUAUAAACUUUAAUGUAUCUUCAUCUCCUUCUCAUCCAACUGAAGGUCCAACUCCUCCUGCAUCAUCUGAACCUUCAGCAAAUAGUACAUAUGCAAGAGAUGCUCAUCGACAUUCCCCUCCUCCACCUCUUAAACCAUCAGAACCUAACACUUCUGCUCCAUCCCCUUCAGGAAGCAAUUCUUCAAGUUCUCAUUCUAGUUCAAAUCAUCAAACUGCAAUACUGGUUGGAGCCAUAGGGGGAGCCAUAUUUCUAAUAUUUAUAGCCGUUGCCUUUCUCUUUAAAACUUCUAAGGUAUCUACUGUGAAACCUUGGGCCACAGGGCUAAGCGGACAGCUUCAGAAAGCGUUUGUAACUGGUGUACCAAAGCUGAAGAGAUCAGAGCUUGAAGCAGCCUGUGAAGAUUUCAGCAAUGUAAUUGGUUCUUCAACAAUUGGCACUGUGUACAAAGGGACACUAUCUAAUGGGGUUGAAAUAGCCGUGGUCUCUGUCCCAGUGAAAUCUGCCAAAGAUUGGUCAAAGAAUUUAGAAACACACUUCAGGAAGAAGAUUGACACAUUAUCAAAAGUGAACCACAAAAAUUUUGUCAACCUUCUUGGAUAUUGUGAGGAAGAUGAGCCUUUCACUAGGAUGAUGGUUUUUGAAUAUGCGCCAAAUGGCACUCUUUUUGAGCAUUUACACAUUAAAGAAUCUGAGCACUUGGACUGGGCAAUGAGGUUGAGAAUUGUAAUGGGCAUGGCUUACUGCCUGGAGCAUAUGCACCAGCUGAACCCACCCAUACCCCAUAACAACCUGUCCUCCUCAGCUGUCAAUCUAACAGAAGACUACGCAGCCAAAAUCUUAGAUCCUUGUUUCUGGAAUGAGAUGACUGCAGUAGAGAGGGAAACUGAACGAAAAAACCUUUCAGAUACCCCACUAGCAAGCCUAGAAAGUAAUGUUUAUACCUUUGGUGUUUUAUUAUUUGAAAUAGUAACAGGUAGGAUGCCUUACUUGGUGGAUAAUGGUUCACUUGAAGACUGGGCAUCGGACUAUUUGAGAAGGGAGCAAGCCCUCAUAGAGAUGGUUGAUCCUGCUCUAAGCUCUUUUGACAAGGAGCAACUCGAGAAAAUUGGGGAGAUCAUAAAAUCUUGUGCCCACCCUGCACCUCGACGGAGACCAGAUAUAAGAGAAGUCAGUGCAAGAUUGAGAGAGAUUACUGGAAUUACACCUGAUGGUGCAAUCCCAAAACUUUCACCUCUUUGGUGGGCAGAGCUUGAGGUUAUGUCUGCCGAAGCAAGCUAGGCAAUGAAGUUGAGAUUGUAAGUAUGAAACUUGGAUGUUUUCUCUAUCUUAUGUAGGUGGAGAGGCAAAAAGAAGAUUGCCUGUAGCUCAACAGUGGUUGUAUUUAUUUUAGGGUAAUGGAAAGUUGGCUGUAUAUAUUUGAGAUAGAGAGGAAAUCCAGGAAAUAUUCCUUGCU